AUGGCCCCGGAUGCUGACAAGAAGGUCGCCGAAUUCCCCGAUGUAGAAAACAAACUCCACGCACCAACGAAGAAAUCGCUCUUUGAGCGCCAGAAAGCAGAAGCAGAAGCUAAACGACUGCGCGAGGAAGCGGAAACCAAAGCAGUAUAUGAGGAUUUCGUUAAAUCAUUUGAUGAUGAAGAUGCAGCUGCAGGUGCCAGCGGAGGAUUUGGACGUGAUGAUCAUGGUGGGAGAUUUGGUGGUGGUGGGUUUGGGGGAGGAGGGAUAUCAGGCCCGCCAAAGAGACAUUAUACGCAGGGUGGUAUGGGAAUGGGAGCUGGCAUACCGAGUGGACCAACCACUGGGAGAGGCCAUGGGCCUGGAGGAUUGGGAGGCAGAGGGAUGGGCAGUGGGCUUGGGAGUUUAGGACCGCCACCACCCAGUCAGGGCAGGAAGCGACCCUCCGAAGGUUUCUCGCAGACGCCAGCGAAGAGAGAUAGAGAUGAUCGCGGUAUACUAGCCUUUGACGACUACGACCAUGAACAAGAUAGAACACCUGCGAAGGUGUUCAACACGUCCGAUGACGAGGAUGAGAGGAGCGGGACACAGGGUGGAGGAGAGGCUAGAGCCGUCCCGAAACCAACAUUGAGACUUGGCUCUUUACCACCUGGGACUUCGCCUGCCGUUAUAAAAGCGUUGCUGCCACCGAACCUGACAGUCGAUACAGUUAGGAUAUCAUCGAGCGCACCGGGGGCUUAUGCCGAGAGGAAAUCGAUGUCAGCCAUCGUUACGCUGGCGAAAGAUACAGCCGCGAAUGAUAUUGAUGCUGCUGUCAAUGCGUUGCAGAAUAGAUAUCUAGGCUUUGGAUACUAUCUCAAUUUGCAUCGGCAUCUUUCCUCGGCGGCCAUAUCGAGUCCUGCUGCUCCUGGUCUUGGAACUACUACAGCAUCACAACCAUUCGGCGCAAAGCCGGUCCCUGUAGCACCAGCCGGUCGGGGGCAUGCUCCUCCCCCUCAUCAGCAGCGAGGGUUCGCACCACCAAGCUCAUAUGGCCCGGGCCCGGGACCAUUGAAUCGAGGAGCUCCGCUACUCCACGUCCCUGUCCAAGCACCACGAGAUAUCAAGGAGUUGAAACUCAUCCACAAAGUCAUUGAGUCCCUCCUGAAACAUGGCCCAGAAUUUGAGGCUCUACUUAUGAGCAGACCAGACGUCCAGCGUGAAGAAAAGUGGGCAUGGCUCUGGGAUCCUCGAAGUACGGGAGGCAUCUGGUAUCGUUGGCGAUUAUGGGAAGUACUCACGGGAUCAACAACCCGAAGAGGCCAAGGGAAAUACCUGCCGCUAUUUGAAGGAUCAUCAGCAUGGAAAGCACCAGACCAGCCAUUGCCGUACGAAUACACCACUCGUCUCGAGGAGUUCGUGUCUGAUUCCGAAUAUAAUUCUUCUGACGAAGAUGAUUCUGGCGAUGAAGGUGCAAAAAGAUUGCACCAUAGUGGAGCGCCUCCGGAUACCAGCGUACUGACAGAUGACGGAAGGGCGUACCUGAACCCACUCGAGAAAGCCAAAUUAACACAUCUCCUCGCUCGACUCCCUACAAGCACGGGGCAGUUACGGAAAGGGGAUGUGGCCCGUGUCACAGCUUUUGCAAUAUCACAUGCUGGGCGAGGAGCAGAUGAAGUGGUUUCUAUGAUCAUAUCUAAUAUCGAGAAACCGUUUGCAUAUACAUCUGCAAAUCCCAAUCGACGGAAGGACAAAGAUCCAAGUGGCAACGAUGGCGCGGCUGUUGGUGAAGACGAGGAAAAGUCGGAUAUGAGUUCAGCAAGUCUGAUUGGCGUCUAUAUAAUUAGCGAUAUCCUGUCCUCAUCCUCGACUAGCGGCGUUAGACACGCAUGGCGCUAUAGACAACUCUUUGAAUACGCCUUGCGGCAACGGCAUGCCUUUGAAGGUCUGGGUAGAAUGGAGAGGAAGAUGAAUUGGGGAAGACUGAGGGCAGAGAAAUGGAAGAGGAGCGUAGGCAAUAUCCUUAGUCUGUGGGAAGGUUGGUGUGUGUUCCCACAAGCAAGCCAAGCGCAUUUUGUGCAAGUGUUUAAUGAUCCGCCUUUGACGCCUACGGAGGAAGCUGAGGCUAAGAAAAGGGAAGACGAGGACAAGGCUGCGAAGGGGAAGAAUCGGUGGAAGGCUGUGGAACAUGCGCCGGAGGAGAGAGUUAAGGAGCAGGAUGUUGAUGGUGUCCCUAUGGAGCAAGAUGAGGAUAUCGAUGGGGAGCCCAUGGUAGAGGAUGAGGACAUCGAUGGUGUACCUAUGGAGGAUAUUGAUGGGUCUCCUAUGGAAGAGGAUAUUGAGGACGAGCCGAUGGAAGAGGAUCCUCAGCCGGCUUCUACUACAUUAGAGCCUCCCCCUCCUAAGGAGCCAGAACCUGCGCAAGUAGAUGCGGCGCCUGUGGGCCAGCCUCGGAGGCAGCGUCCCAGGGCUGUGGAUAUGUUUGCUGAUUCUGAUGAGGACGGUAAUUAA